AUGGCGUGUCUUACUCCCGGAGUUCUCUCCAACCUUCUCAAUCUCGCCGCCGGUAACUCUGUUUCUUCACCGUCGUUACUUUCCUCACACCGCUCACCACUCCUCCAAGUCAUCGAAAUAGUCCCCUGUCUCUCUGAUGACCAAUGGCGUAGCGAAGCAUUCUUCGUCAAAGUCUCUGACUCUCUCCACGCCGCUUACGUCGCCGUUUCUGCCGGAGACGACGCUGAUCUCAUACGUUCCGAUGAAAUCCAACUAGGGCAGUUUGUUUACAUCCGCGGUGGUCUACACAUUGAGAAAGGUUGCCCUGUUCCUGUAAUCCGUGGGUUGAAACCAGUCCCCAAGCGGAGGCUCUGCGUUGGAAACCCUAGUGAUCUUGUUUCUAGCGACUUGCUGGUUCCUUUCACCCUGGCCUCUGUUUCGCCGACGACGAAAAAGAAGAAUCUUAUUUCGAUGAGGCGGAUGAGUUUGGAUUCCGCGAGAAGAAGUUGUUGGGAUCAGAGUCCUUCGUUGACUCACCACCGUCGUGACUCCGCAUUGCUUCUUUCUUCACCACGUCUCAAACCCAAAUUGGUAUUGCCUGAUAAGAAUCUGCCAAAGAACGAGUCCCCAUCAAAGCACCUUAACUGUGAAACCCCUACUUUAAGAAACAGGAAUGUGGUCAAGCCUAUAUCACCUAUAUCCAUGGCCAUUUCUCCAAAAGAUGGUAUCAAGUCACCUACAAUAAAUCACCUUAACUGCGACACCCCUGCUUUAAGAAAUAGAAAUGUGGUCAAGCCUGCAUCACCUAUAUCCAUGACCAAUUCUCAAAAAGAUGGUAUCAACUCGCUGUCAAAGGCUGUGGCUCUUCCACCAGUUGCGCUUUUUAAGCAUCCUUCAAGUCAGAGGACUUGGUCUGAUCAGAGAAUCUUAUGGAGUGGACUCCCAAAAGCCAUUCAAUUGCUUGGAAAGGAAGUCUCAUCACAUAGGCAAGUAGCAGUUUCGGGAGCAGUAAGCGCAUUGGAGGAAGCAUCUGCAAUGGAGUCUGUUCUACUCAGUUUGCAGGCCUUUGCCGAGCUGUGUGAUUCUUCUAAGAAAUUAUCUGCGGGACAAGUAGUGCGGCGGUUCAUGGAGCUUUACCAUAGUACACAGAAUACAGGCAAAGCCGUCCAUCUGUUGCUUACUCAGAAUCGAAACAACAACUCCUGCAAAGCUAAUAAAAAUGCAGCAUCUUGGGUUCAAGCUGCGGUAGUGACUGGUUUUUCUCAGUUCAACUUAUGUAAAGAGUCUGGAAAGCAAGAGGAUGCUGCUGAUCAUCAUUACAUUGUUAUACAAAACUCAUCUGGAAAGCUGAAUCCCAAGGAGAAAAUAAGUCCAAGAAACACAGAUUACAAGUGCGUGAAACCUCCUGCAACGAAACAUCGUUCUGUUUCUGACCGAAGUAGCUUAGAAGGUAAAAAUAGGUUGAAGGAGUCAGCAAGUCUAGCGGACGAGCUAGUUCGAGUUUCGAGCAAGUGGUUCUUGAAAUACUUGGAGAACUCACUGAACAAAGGGUCUUUCUCGGUGAAGAAGGAAGAAACAAAUGGAAAAGACUGUCUUCUCGUCCACCUUAAAGCAGUAAACCAAUGGCUUGAUGAUAUGAUCAUAAACAGAACAGAAACAAGCGAGAAAGUCGAAGAAUUAAGAAAGAAUCUGCAACGGUUUCUACUUGAGCAUAUUGACUUUGCCAUUAGGGAUACUCGGUAACAAACAUGAUUAGUGUAGGAACCAAGAACUCUUUUGGAUUUUGAUUAUCUGACAAAAACUUACAAUUUGAAAAAACUCUCCUCUAAAGUUUAUGGAAUGAGAAAAAACACAUAUCAUUUGCGCAUUCCUCUAUGA